CACUCAACUUUGAAAAUUCUAUUUUCAUUAUUAGAAGAAUAGAAAAUACGGGUCCCACCCCCAUGAUUACCAUUGUUGGAGACGAUCUCUCCAAGAAUCGUUCAAUCUUAAGAAACUUCGUCUGGGAAAUAGUCAAUCAUAUGUUCCAUUUUCUGUCCUGACGGGUCACAACAUGCCGGAAAUUAGUUAAGAAAUCAUCACCCGAAUUUGCAGAGAGUUGUGGAAAAGAUGAAGGACCCUUCUGUUGCACGACUUCUGUUCUUCCUCAUCAAUCUUCAUCUCUCAGUUUCACUUGGCCAGCGCCAGGUGUACAUCGUUCACAUUGGAUAUCAGAGUGCAGGAAGAACACUGGUUGAGAUUGAAGACGAUCAUUUCUCGUACUUAACAUCUGUUAAGAACUCGGAAGAGGAAGCAAAAGCUUCACUUCUGUACAGUUACAAGAACAUCAUCAAUGGCUUCUCUGCACUGCUCACUCCUGAUGAAGCUGAGAAGUUAUCCG